AUGAUAUCAGUUACAAAGCAAUAUGUGGUUCAGCUAGUAUGCGCCUAUUUUAUUACAUUGAUGAUAUUCGGAGAUAAAGAUCUUGGUAAAGAGAUUGCUCAAAAAAGUGUAACCCUGGAUGGUAUUAUCACCAAAUUUGCUGGAUAUCAUAGCUCCAUUAUAAUCUAUUCGGUUGGUGUUUUGACAAACUUCAUAGCUGCAUAAAAAUUGUACACUCUACGGCCAACGUGGUUAACGUGCAUUGGAACAAUUGUGUUUGUGGCUUUUCAGGUUGCGUUCUUAUUUGUUGAUGGUUCCUAUUUGAAUAUCUUGAGUGCAGUGGUUGGAUUUAUUGCAUCAAUGGUGUGGAAGAGCCACGGUUCAUAUCUCUCAAAGCACUUCACAAGAGACACAAUUAUCCAACGCGUCAAAUUGUUCUGGAAGGCUCAUGAAUUUUGCGUGAUCGUUGGAGGUGUUUUAAUUUUAGCUGAGCUUCUUGUAAUCGAUUCAUAUUCGAAUAUGUCAAGGUUUUCGUUCAAACUAACAUACUUGGCUUUCGCAGCUUGGUCGAUUACUUCACCCUACUUGAUUGCAAUUCUCGACAAAUCAAAAAAUGAUCAAGAGAUGAUUGAGGACUCUACAUCGAUUUCUGAGAUGUUGCUUGCUAAGAACUUGAUGUUACUAUCCAUAGUGUUUGCACAUAUUGGAAUUGCACAAAGUUUUUGGGCAGCUGUCUACCCAAUUCAUUUCGCAUUUGAUGAACAAUUUUCGUACAAGGGAAGUUCAGUGCUAGCUUGAAAUUUGAUUUGCACCGGCGUCGGACAAAUUCUAGGUGGUUUGAUGUUUGGAAUAUUUGGUGAAAAAAUGAAAAUGUUAGGGCAUGAUUUUCUGAUUCUUCUCGGUACAGGCUUCAGUCUUUCGGCAUACGUGGCAAUGGGAUUGAACGAUUCAAGCUUGUUUAUUUCUCUGAGUUGUGCUGCAGCAUUAGGAUUUUCCGACGUAUGCUGGACUACUCAACUGAUAACUUUUAUUAAUGAACAAUAUACUGAUAGAAGUGAACAAGUGCUUUCAAAUUUUAGAAUGACAACUGGUCUUCUAUCCUGCUUCACUUUCAUUCUAGCAUCCCUGGUGUCCUUCUACUGGUUACUUGCAGUCUUAUGUGUAUCUUCAAUUUUGGCUACUGUGUGCUUGUUUUUGGCUGAACAAAAUCGAGAAGUUCCAUCGAAAAUGGCUAAGGUUGAAUAA